UGCUCUGUGGGAGCUGAACACUCUCAGUAUCCCUUUCCCUUCUCUCUCUCUCUCUCUCUCUCUCUCGGGCAUCAUUAGCUAUACAAUUCUAUAUAUUCGAAUAAACAGACAAUGGCGAGUUUGUGGUGUUUCUCCUCAUCCUCCUCCGCCGUCAAUAUCAUCUCUUCCCUCACUCCUCCGCGGCCGUCGAUUUGCCUCUCUCAUUGCCCCCUCAACUUUAAACAUUGCCAACGCGUGCUUUUCCCCCUUUCCACCACCACCUCCAUCAGAAAACCCUCUUUCUUUGCCCCAAUUUCACCCUCACUGCCGACAAGGUUGCUUUCCCGGCCUCCGGCAGCAAAGUAUGUCAGGGAAGACUAUCUCGUGAAGAAGUUAUCCGCCAAGGAGGUGCAAGAGCUGGUAAAGGGAGAGAGAAAUGUACCGCUUAUUAUCGAUUUCUAUGCAACAUGGUGUGGCCCUUGCAUUUUGAUGGCUCAGGAACUUGAGAUGCUUGCUGUUGAGUAUGAGAGCAAUGCAAUAAUUAUCAAGGUUGACACGGAUGAAGAAUAUCAAUUCGCUAAUGACAUGCAGGUACGGGGUUUGCCAACACUAUAUUUUAUCAGUCCAGACCCAAACAAAGAUGCAAUCCGAACCGAAGGUCUCAUACCAAUACAGAUGAUGCGGGAUAUUCUUGAUAAUCAAAUGUGAAGUGGAGAAAACUUCACUGCGUUGCUGGAUAGAUUUCAGGAUCAAGAUUAAGAGCAACACAGGCAAUUGAAGGUUGGCUUGUAGGAGGAUGUGUAAUUUAGCAACCCUUUUGUUAGGAAGACAAAUUUUGGUGAAUAGUUGUUUUGUUAGGGAUGAAGCUUUGACGCGAGGGACUUUUGCUUCAUCUUAAGCGCGUAUUGUUAGAAGCUACUGUAGUUGCUGUAAGAGUGCUCUGAGAAUUGCUUGCCAAAUUUGUUUGUGGGUAUAGCAUUUCCAUCAAAUUAUUA